AUGAUGCUUGCUCCGGAUGCAGUUGUCAUGGAGAUGGAAAAGGGCUCAGCGUCCACUAGUGGCACUGUUACCAUGGAAAUCCCCAUCGCAGCAGCUUCCUCAGUGGAGCGAGCAGGAGCGGAGCAGCCAGGGGAGCGCGUUCAGCACCAUGGAGAGCACGGCGGCAGAGCUGCGUUCCAGCACAGAAACUAUCGCAUGCUGAUCGUGAUCGGAGAGAUUUCCAGCAGCCAUCACCUCGACGUCGCCAGGAAUCAGAUCACACAAGGUUUGCGUUCCUGGAACGUUGAUCUGAGCAUCUGUGACCUGAACAAGGAGCUGCAGCUGUUUGAGACCAGACACACUGCUCAGUUUUCUUCACAGGUCCAAGGCCAGCGAAUUCUCCAGUAUCAGAGCGAUGUCCUUGAGACAGUUGUGUUGGUGAACCCGUCAGAGGAAACCGCUACCUCAGAGAUUCGCUCUCUGAUCACUGACCGUUCUGGGAAUAAGUUGCUGAUACUGAGUGGCCAGACCUCUGAGCAGGGAGGUGACAUAUUACUGCAAGGAGGAGCCUUCACCUGGGAACACUUCUCCAACAUCAUUUCCAACCCCCAAGUAACUGAACUCCUGUCCGGUGCCUCUUCAGAGCAGCCGUCUAGGCUUACUGUUUCCUGUCAGGGAGACGGGGGCUGGAGCUCCCUCGGCCAAAGCCAGGAGCAGCAGUCACUCCAAAAUCUUUUAGAAUACCGCCUGAACCCCGAACCUCACCUCCCCGACAUGGACGGAGUGACAGAGUUCACUGAGUAUGUCUCAGAGACGGUGGAUGUGCCGUCAUCCUUUGACCUCCUGGAGCCUCCGACCUCUGGAGGUUUUCUGAAGCUGUCCAAACCCUGCUGCUACAUCUUCCCUGGGGGCAGGGGAGACUCUGCUCUGUUCGCCGUCAAUGGAUUCAACAUCCUGGUGGACGGAGGAUCUGAUCGGAAGUCAUGCUUCUGGAAGCUUGUUCGCCACCUGGACAGGAUCGACUCUGUUCUGCUCACCCAUAUUGGUGCAGACAACCUCCCUGGUAUCAAUGGGUUGUUCCAGAGAAAGAUUGCAGAGCAAGAGGAGGAGCGUAACCAAGGAUCUGGCUCCAGCAGCAACGGUGACUGGAUGAAGAACCUGAUCUCUCCUGAGCUCGGGAUUGUGUUUUUCAAUGUCCCAGAGAAACUUCGGAUGCCCGAGUCCACACUGAAAGUCAAGCGAAGCAUUGAGGAAGCAUCUCUUACAUUGCAGUACCUAAACAAGCUUGGCAUCACACCAGAGCCUCUUCACAGGGUAGUCAGCAACACUAUUGAACCUAUCACACUAUUCCACAAGCUCGGUGUGGGAAAGUUAGACAUGUAUGUCUUAAACCCUGUAAAAGAGAGCAAAGAGAUGCAGUUUCUCAUGCAGAAAUGGGCUGGAAACAGCAAAGCCAAGACAGGCAUUACGAUGCCCAACGGAAAAGAAGGAGAAAUAUCUGUCCCCUAUUUGACAUCUGUUACCGCUCUCAUCGUUUGGAUUCCUCACCGUCCAACAGAAAAGAUAGUCAGGGUGCUCUUCCCUGGAAACGCACCACAGAACAAAAUCUUUGAGGGCCUUGAGAAACUGAAGCACCUGGAUUUCCUUCGAUAUCCAGUCGCUACCCAAAAAGACAUAUCAUCUGGUGCACCUCCUCCCAUCAUCAAACAGACUAAGAUGAGAUCAAGAACUGACAGCAAAGAGAGUCUCAAAUCGUCACCCAAACCACACUCUAAAACAAAGAAGGAGGCCGGUGGUCAGGAGGAAGAGUCCAAGAGUGAAAUCACUAAAGAGAACAAAGUGGAAAAGAAAGAAGAGAAGAAAGUCAAAAGUGAAAGUCUGAAAGCCACCAAACAACAGAAAAACAGCGAGGUGGCCCCUGUGGCCAACAAAAAGUCAGAGAAAAAGAAAAUAUCCAAGGAAAAAACUACCAAGGAGAAAGUAUCCAAGAUGGAUGAAAAGAAAGACAAAGAGAAAAAAGAAAUCAAGAAAGAGAAAGUAAAGAAAGACGAAAAUAUAAGAAAGGAAGAGAAGAAAGAAAGUAAAGCCAAGGAGGAUAAAAAGAAGGACCAAAGUAAACCGGAGCUGAGGAAAAUCACCAAGCCUGACCUGAAGCCGCUCACCCCUGAAGUGAGAAAAACUCUGCACAAGGCGAAGUCUCAGGGUAAGCCCAAGACAGACAAGAAUAAGGCAGUUAAAGAGGAAGCAAAUGACAAAAAGCCAGUCCCAAAGAACAUCCCUGAAGAGGUCGCAGCGGCAGCUUUGGCCGACAGGUCCAUCGUGUCCUCCCCAGAGGACCUCACAGAGGACUUUGAGGCUCUGAAGCAAGAAGAGCUGUCCAAAGUUAAGUCUGUGCCAAUCCAGAACGAUGUGAUGUCUGAGCAUUCAUUGUACAUAGAUACUAAAGUGUCGUCCUUAGUUUUCCCUGAUGAGAAAGUCACAACCACAGCCACUGAGAUUAAAUCUGCAUCACCCAAAUCCCCUGUCAAAGAGAAAGAAGACAACAAAGACAAGGGCGCAUCCGAACAGGUUGCCACUGAAAGGAAGGAAUCAAGUGAUGGCUUUGACAAGAAGUAUGAGGAGGAGAAAAUGGAGAAAUAUGACAAAUACCCUGUAAAAGACGACAUGAAAGACAUAUCAAAGAAGAGUGACAGCUCAGAGGAGGAGGAUGAUGUUAUUGAAAAAGCCGAAUUUGAAGGAACAGAAGAUGACGAGGUCCUGAAAUAUAAAACAGAGGAGGCAAAAAAGGAAAAAAAUGAAAAGGAGUGGGACUCCAAACCGACUGAGCACAAACCUCCAUCAACCACAGCCCUGUCUGGGCAAGUAGCAGCCACCGCCUCUGAGCAGUUCUCCUACAUUCAAGAUGAGACCAUCCCUGGUUAUUCCGAGACUGAACAAACCAUCUCUGAUGAGGAGAUCCACGAGGAAACUGAAGAUAGGAUCCCACAGCUACGCUAUGAUGUGGGCUCCUAUGACGUCUCUGUCCCUGAUGUCCCUGGUACCUUUGACUCCAUGCAUGGUAUUAAAGAGAUGAAGAGCUCCGCUGUGUCUGAUUUUACAAAUAUCAAACCCAAAGCCUUCAUGGGAGGUCACGAGCAUGAGCUUGCACCUUACCCUGCCAUCAUUGCUGCCCCUCUCGCAGAGGAGGAACACAUCUCCUCAGCAACAUCCAUCACAGAAUAUGACAAACUGUCGUCCUUUGCCACAUCUGUAGCUGAGGACCAGUCGAUCACCUCUGUGACAGCACCUCAGACCGAGGAUGCUGGGAGGACCUCUCUCCUUCUUGACACCAUCAACAGCAUCCCCUCACGGGCUGAGGCCAUCCAAGGGAAGGACUAUCUCCACUCAGCAGGAACUAUCUCACCCACCUCCUCCCUGGAGGACGACAAAUGCUUUAAGUCGCCUUCCUCUGAUGAAUACCAGCCCAACAUUGCUGAGCUGGAGGGUGAUGCAAAGAUCAAAUUAGUGCAUGAGGAAGAUGACGAGGAAGAAGAAGAGGACGAGGACCAGACUCCAAAUGUUGACAUCCCUCUGGGUAAACUCCAAGAGGGCUAUGAACAUGCAGCCUCCAUGAUGCUCCAGGAGAAGGAGAAAUCUCCCUCUGCCACUUUCUCUCCUCCUCCCUUCACUACUACUCAGUACUCACCCAUACAAGCUGUCAAAGAAACCCAGGGUCUCUUCAGCACAGAUGGAUUCAAGACUGGUUCUGAUAUAAAGUCUAUUUCACCCCCUCCAUCUUUCUCCCCUGGGUUGGAGUCCCACUCCAGGCAGGAAAGUGAGGAGAGAUGUCUAAGUCCAGAUGACAGCACAAUGAGACUGGCCUCUCCCACACAGUCUGUGCCUACAAGCAGUGGAUACUCUCCGACCGAAGAGAAACCCUUCAAGACAGAAGACAAAGACGAGGCAGUGACCGAUGUCAAAGUUGACUCCCAGAAAACAGAUAAAUCAGUCACCAUCUCAGACAGUACCUCCUAUAUGGGUCUGAUAGGUGACACGCCAGCAGUGGACGAGUCAGAAGAAUCCACUGAAGACAAUGAGGAUGAAGAUGAGUGUUACAUCAAAAAGGAUCUACAGCCCACCGUUAAGGCCAAGCUUAUGGAGGCAAAAGAAGGGUGCUUCUUGGAUGACGACUACGCCUUUGAGUCAAAAUUUCCAAAGAUAGAAACAGAAGUAAAGGGCUUGGAGAAGACACAGGUGUCUUUUAGCACAGAGGAGAAAUCAAAACCUCAAGUGAUGUACUCAGAUGAAGAUGAAGAUGAAGAAGAAGAAGAAGAAGAAGAAGAGGAGAAAGAUGAUCAUUUCCUAAGUGGGGUCGGGGCUAAGCCUUUAUCAGAUCAAAACAAAGAAGACUUAAAGAAUGAAAGCACAGAGAAGACAGAUAUCGCUUCUAAAGAGUCUGACAAAAGUGUUCAUUUCAGUCUCUAUGAUUUUCCUGAGAAGGAGAGCAAAGAGAAGGCCAUGUAUAUAAGACAAGACACCCCUUAUGUGCAUGGGAAAACAUUCUCCUACAGUGACAUUUAUGACAGCAAAGCAAGCUCAGUGGACUCUGAUUCAUAUCGUCAGGAGUCCUUAGAUAAGACGGAGAAGGACGUCGCAAAGGGUGGAGUGCAGAAACAUGAGCCGCCAUCCCCAGUAACAGCCACAGACAAGAUGUCGGACAAGGAGGGAUUUAAGUCCUCCACCUCAUCCUGGCUGGACUCCAAGAGCCCUUCUGCUAUAUCUCCAUUUGAGAAAGAAGUCAAAGAAAAGGAAACAUUUGAAUACAGCACAGGUAGCAGAUUCCCUUCAGUGGCUGAUAGACCCGAGGCCUCGUCCACUUCUUUAUCAUCAGAGAAAGACGCUCCUGUUAAGAGCCAGACUGAUGCCACAAAGCCCCAAACAUACUCCUCAAUGACACCAUUCGGUGUAGACAAACCUGCCGCCACAGGCUUCAUUGAGAAAGGCGCAUGUUUGGAGAUUGAUAUGAGAAAACUAACAGCAAGGGAUGAAGAGGACUAUGAUGAUGAUGAAGUUAUAGAUGACGAUGAUGAUGAUGAUGAGGAAGAUGAAGAGGAGGAGGAGGAGGAGGAAGAUGAUGACCAAGUCACUGUUGAUUGUGAUAUGGAGAAAGGUGCCAAAGAGAAGUCUGAGAAGGAAGUAAAAAGUCCAAUCACUGAAAUGUUUGGCUCAAAUAGGCCUGAAUUUAUGGUUUCUAUGGCUGGUUAUGGCUACAACAGUCAGGGGAAGCCGAGUAUGAAAGAAAGCACUUCUGGCUCACUCACAAAGGCAGAAGAUGAAGCUAAGACUGACUCCUCAUCCUUCAGUGGAAAGCCAAUGGAUCUUGGGGCUGCAGGUUUCUCUAGCUACUCCUCAGGGUUUGAGUACUCGUAUGGAAGUGGUGAGAAAGACUCAUUUUUAUCAAGUCAGACGACAGUCAAAGGAAAAGAUGAUUUCACUUUGAAAUCAACAGAGGACAGUUAUUACCAAAAUGACAGAGCUAAUCCUGAUUUUGAGAAACAGAAGACACCAGAUCUUCUGAGUAAGAGAUCACUGGACACGAGCUUUCAGUACACGACCACCACUGCUCCUGGUUACUCCUCCUCUUCGGCCUACAGCUACUCCUCCUCCACCUCAGGCUCCCUCUCCACCAGCCGCCAGUUCGGAGAGGAGCUGGAGACACCGGCCGAGCCUCUCUUUGAGUACUCCUCCUUUAAAGAUGAGCACUCGCUGGUCAUGGACUCUCCAUUCUCCAGCUCAGCUGGCGCCAAAGACGACUAUCUAGAAGUGUCUGAAAAGCAGAUCACCGCCACGACCACGGCUGAGUCCACCUCCAGUUUAGCCCGCUUCUCACCCAUCAGCCCAUUCGAGGAGGUCAAAUCUUUCCCCUCGCUCUCAUCCACUGCCUUUGCUGAGGACAAGAAGGAGCAUACCUCUUCAUUAGGUGGAGUUACAGACAAAGGCCCUCAAUCAGACUGCUUCUAUAAGCCUGAAUGGUCUGAGGGGUCCAAGCUGGACACGGCUGUUGGACUUGGGGCCUCAGCUGGACUCUUCUCGCAACCUGAAGAGCUCUCCAAAGAUAAAGAGGCAGCCAGCGCUGCUCUGUUUGGUAUCACCUCCUCACCACGCCCAGACAGUGAAGGCAAGCAUUACUUUGAGGAGACUGACAGCAGUGAAGAAGAGGAUGAGGAGGCUUACAUGCGUGAGAUGACUCGGAGGUCGCCUUCCACCGGCCUGGCUGGUACCCUCUCAUUUUCCGACAAGCCUGUUCCAGCUCCAGCUGUCAGUGAGUCAAAGACAGGUGGUGCACUCCCUGAUGUUCUUGGCUCCUACAUGCCCUCACCUGUCCAGGUCAGCAAACCAGACACAGCCAAUGGUCCCACGGAGGUGAGCUCAAGCUCUACCCUCCUUGCUGGAGCAGCAGCCAGUGCCGCAUCUUCAGGCCCAGCCAAGGUGGAGCCCAGAGAGGGAGCAGCAGGUUACAGGAGCUCCUACGAGUGGGAGAUGUCAAAGCCCCAGAUGGGUAUGGUACCCGGAGACUCUCCUCCUCAUUACCGCCACGAUGAUGAGUUUGAAGAGGAGUGUGAGAUGGAGCCAGAGCACCCUGCCCGUCCACUUUCACUCUCUUCAACUGAUCAACCAUUUCGCUCACCUUUCUAUGCUGAGGAGUGCAGCCGAGGAGGGCAGGACGAUGAUGACGACAGUGAUCAGGAACUUGCUGGCGAUUCACGCAUUGGAGCCACUUCCUCUUACACCAGUCGCACAUCUCCUGGAUAUUCCUCCUCCGAGUGCAGGCAGCGCAAAGAAGACCUCUCACCUUCCUUCAUCAACCCAUGCAUGCGGCAGUUAUCCAGCGACGAGGAUGAUGAGGAGCAAGGGCGCAGAAGUGACCAAUCGCAGGGAGAUGAGCAUGAUCUGUCGGUCAAGAGAAGGGCUCACAAACAGCCCCAUCAUCACCAGCCUCACAGCAGGGACAGCAGCUCACUGCACCAAGCUGGUGGCAUGGCGGCAGGGCUAGGCUUGGCCACAGAGGACACACCGCCCACCUCUGUGAGUGAAUCUUUAGCCUCUCAGUCAGACUCCGAUGUGCCUCCAGGCACUGAGGAAUACCCCUCGGCCACUGGUGAAGGCAACAUGGACUCGGAUGAGGAUGCAGACUACAUGCCUGUUGAUAAAUUAUCUGCAACGGGAGGAGGCACCUAUCAUUCCUCUAGGAGGAGCCAUGACCCUCCUCCAGCUCCUCUCAUGGACCCCUACCCUCAGCCUCCACGUCCAGACGUUUGCAUGGUGGAUCCUGAAUCUCUGAAUAACGGCUCAGUUAAGAAAGAGCCAAAACCUAAGAGCUUAAAGAAGGCUUCGGGGAAAACCAAAUCAUCAUCCCCAGCUAGACGCAAGAAGUCUCCCAUGCCUGUCAAACAGACGCCGUCUCCUCGCAGCGCCUCACUGAAGAAGAAGGAGGCAGACAAGAGCUCACGCAUGUCUCGUCUAUCGGACGGGCAGGGCUCCAAAGACGAUGACCUCUCCAGGUCGAGCUACAACCCUGGCAAGGCGAUGACCAACGGUGUUAAGACCAGUUCAGGUUCUCAGAAGUCUAGCUCUGGAGCUGCUCCUGGUCUUCCUAUUUAUGUGGACUUGGCCUACAUUCCCAACCACUGCAGUGCCAAGAACGUGGACCAAGAGUUCUUCAAACGCAUUCGCUCUGCAUACUAUGUGGUGAGCGGUAACGACACAGCAAACGGUGAACCAAGCCGAGGAGUCCUUGAUGCACUGCUUGAUGGCAAAUCUCAGUGGGGAUCAAACCUACAGGUGACGCUGAUCCCCACCCACGACUCGGAGGUGACCCGUGACUGGUACCAGCAGACACACGAGAAGCAGCAGGAGCUCAACAUCAUGGUCCUGGCCUCCAGCAGCACCGUUGUCAUGCAGGACGAAUCUUUCCCCGCCUGCAAGAUCGAGUUUUAAAGAUCAACGUUUCCUCUCUCUCUCCUCCUGGCCUCCCCCCCAGUGUAGAUCUGUUUUUAAUUGCUCUAUAGCCUGAUAUGUAAAUCUGUCUCUGCUUUUUUUUUUUUUUUGGGGGGGUGGCGCUUGGACCGAAAAGCAGACACAGAUCUGGAUAACUGUAUUUUUUUCUAGAUUUUUAUUUAUUUUUAAGCUUGUCGUGGCUAUCACCAUUUGUACUACAAAGGUAGUUUUCCGACAACUUUGUCCCCCGCUACAUAACAUGAAAGGGAGAACGCAGUUUUCUGUUUUUUUUUUUUCUGUUACUUAACUCGUCCUUUUUUUCUCCAAACCCUGUGAGAUGAUUAACAGAGUCUCUGUUUAUUGGUCGAGCCAAAAUGUGCAUUUCUCAAAAAAAAAGUGUAAAAAAAAUUAGGUUGUCUUCUAAUUGGCUUAAAAAAAAAAAAAUCAAAGCACAAGUUUGCGCACCUUAAAACCAGCAACACGCUACAAGAUGAUUUUCUUCCGCCCGAUCCCAGACUUCCACAACACAAGGCGAUCGAUUUCAAACAUUUGCUGAUAGAAGUUGUGAUCGCUUUCCUUUCCUCUAUUUUCAACAGUCCUGGUGUUGAACUUUGUUCCUCCUACUGACAUAGCGAGAUAGAAAAAGUCCACGUAGAACCCUAGAGGUCAUUUCGAUAUGUCUUUUGAGUAUAUUUGCCGUAGCGUAGGGAAGACCAUAUUCCAAAAAAAAAAAAAAAAAAUCUGUAUUGUAGUGAAUUACGAUAUUUCUACGGUAAAAUCAAUCGUGGCUGUUUAUUUCUUACGGUGGAUUUGACGGAUAGGUUUCUCUCUAUAAUUGUUUCUGUCGUCUUUGGUGUGUUUUUUCAGUGUGUUUCCAGUUAACAUAUCGUUGCAGAGCAUCGUGAGGACAGCUGAAGGCAGGAGGGGGGGGGGUCAUACUAGUACAUCGUCAUCCUGAUCUUUGGAUUUGACCUGUUUCUAUAUCUUUACAUAAA